UGGCCCGCCCGCCUUCUCCGCCCCUUCCCGGCUGUAGCCGAGCCCGAGCAGCGGCCUCCGAGAGUCGAAGCGGCGGGGCUGGUUCGCCAAGGACGCGCGCGAUGGAGAGCCUCGGGAAGCAACGCAGCGCGCCCCUUCGGCUGGCCAUCUUGCUCCGGCAUUUGAGCCCCCGCGCAGGAUUCACACCUGUUCCAACUUCAGCAACUUCAGUUGCUCCUGUGGAAUGCCCAAUGCAGUUCCAAUACACCUUGGAUAAUGACGCCCUAACUAUAGAUCAAAGACGUUUCUACGAGGACAAUGGAUAUCUGGUCAUCAAAAACCUGGUGGCGGAUGAAGACAUUGAGCGCUUCAGGGAGGAGUUUGUCAAGAUAUGCCGACAGGAAGUGAAGGUGCCUGGAAUAGUCAUCAUGAAAGACGUCACCCUCUCCAAGUCUGCAGACGACGAGAAUACCGUUUCAAAAUUGCAGGAUUUCAUCUUGAGCGAAGAGCUGUUCAGAUACUGCACCUUACCUCAG